AUGGCGACGAUUAUUGCUGUGUUGAUGAACUUUGGCCAGUCCUUGGCUGCUAUUGGGAUGUCGUUGCUGUAUUCUGUGCUCGCCGUCUUCCAAGCCGUCUCUGCGCUUGUUCAAAGCACGAUUGAGAGUAUACUGAAGCUGGGACAGAGCAUCACUACUCUGGUGCUGGAGUUGUUCCAGGGAGUAUUUGGGCUCGUUUUUGCAAACUUCGCUGCAAUUUUGGUUGUUGGUGGAGUCUACUACUUAUAUACGCUCAGACAGCAGGGAAAGGGACCAAAGGUGCUGCAGAAGAAGAGGCUCUGA